AUGGCAUCUGGCGCCUUCUUCAACCCGCGGACCCUCCUCCUGGUCACGCCCCUCAUCUCAUCGACAUGCACGCUCUGGUACUCAAAGGAUCAGGAUUUCUUUAUCGGCAUCUUCGCCGAGCGCAUCGACGAGAAGAAAGCCAACGAUGUCCUCCCGUCAUACAUCAGGGGCAUGUUUGUCAGAGGAACCUCGGCUGUCGUUGGCCUGAUCGCCGUCACAUUUUGGUCCUCACUCGCCAACAUCUAUCUCUACCGUCCCAUCCUCCAGAGCCGCGGGUCGCUCCGCUGGUACGUGGGGACCGCUGCGCUGGCUCUGGGGCACCUCGCGUGGGUGCCGGCGGUCGCAUGGAAGCUCAAGGCUCUCAUGGACGAAACUACAGAGGCCGAGGGCACGACGAACGUCGGCAUGAUGAAGAAGUGGUUGUGGGUCAACUUCACCAGAAUGGUGACGACAGAUCUGAGCGCUUGGCUGUGUGCUGUCGCGGCCAUUUCGACCACCCUCAGCGUCUAA